CUGUCGUUUGGGGUAUUCAUUGUUUUGUUUGGGCCUCCCACGUCAAAUCGGACCACACUAACCAGCCUAAUCAGCCACAUCGCCAUGGGCCAUCUUAACCAGCCACCACCAAAAUCAACCGCCGCCACAUCGCCACCACAGCCUUUCUUACUCCGCCUCGACGCCGCCGUCUCCCUCCACGUCCACAACCUCACAAAACCCUUCGCCCCACGCCCACUUCUCCGCUUCCUCGAGCUCCUCGCCGACUUCCGCUUCUUCUUUCCCGUCUCCGUCGCACUCCUCCUUGCCUGUCCUUACUCCUCCCCUCUCCGCCGCCACCUCUUCCUCCCCCUCGCUCUCUGCUCCCUCCUUGACCUCAUCUUCAUCGCUGUCCUCAAACUCAUCGUGCGCAGAUCCCGCCCGACCUACUCCCACCACGGCGACUACAACGCCGUCGUUCCCGUCGACCAUUUCUCCUUCCCCAGCGGCCACACCUCCAGGGUCUUCUUCGUCGCCUCUAUCUUCUCGUUCUCCAAACUCCGCAUGGUUGAUGCUAUCGCCGAUCUUCACCAUCCACGCCUCUUCAUGAUUAUCGACCAUUGGUUCGGCGGCGAAGAGGUCUUCGCCAUUAACGCCGUUGUAACCGCCGUUUGGGCCUGGGCUUCAGCCACCGCCCUUUCUAGGAUCGCUCUCGGGAGGCACUAUGUUCUGGACGUCUUCUUCGGGGCUUGCUUCGGCGUGCUAGAAGCUUUGUUCACAUUGCGAUUCCUCGAGAUUCAAACGUGGAUUUGAGAUGGAUAAUGAUGGAGUCUGAUGGUUGUACGCCUCUCAACUUCUAAUGAUUUAGGUUCACAUGGAGUACAUUGAACUUGUGCCUGCCUGGACUGAGAAUGGAUUCUUCCUAAUUUGUUUUCAGCGGGUAAUGAAGCCCUGAAUCCUGGAUAUUUUAGUGCAUUUGCAUCUUGAUUAUCACUCAUAAUUUGGAGGCCUUAGUGGCUAACAUUUUGUAAAUACAUGGUCUGAGAUUCUUCAUCAUUCAUUUGCUUCAGUUCUAUUUUUGUAAUAUAUCCCCUACCAUUUAACUUUCUGCCGUUCUCUACUCUUCCUUAAUUCCAAAAUAAUUAAUCUAGACAUGUGAUACAUCCCAUUCAUGGUAUAACAGAUCCUAGUAUCAUUGUUUUGCAGCUUUUUGUCUUAAGUUCCCUUCAAUCUAUAGGAUGUAUAUAUGCAAUUUGUUUCUGCAGUGUGCAAAUUUGCAGCCUCUGUCAGAGGUUUUUUAUUUUUGCAGAGGUCCUGACGCAUAGACAAUUGGUUCUAUAUAUUAGCAUCUGAACAGUGAAUACUUCAAACAUGUGAUCCUCUCUGACAAUUACUGCCAGGAUCUUGAGUUCGUUUAUGUUUAGUCUAUAUCUUAGAUUACCACUUUCUCUGUUUGAAUUCUGAUACAGUUAUCAUCAAGAUUCAUGAGAACAAUAUAAUAAUAUGAUAUUUAAAAGUUAGCAUAUGCCCAAACGUCACCCCCUCAAUUUAUUGAAUUGGAUCAAACAAAAGGGGUGCUUCUAUGAUUGGAUUUGAGGGACCGUGUGUUUGUCUGAUGUGUCUGGUGCUGAUUGUAAAAUUGAAUCGAAGACCAUCAUCAAAUUGAAGGAUAAAAAGGUUGUUAGGUGGGUUUACUUCUUUAGCAUGUGCACUCUUACCGUGUGUGGUGCUUUUAUUUUGAUUAGAUGUUAUUGGUUGAUUGAUUGAUUGCUGAUUGGCUUUACUUUAAAAAUUUUUGUAUGCUUCAUAUCAUAAACUUUCUAAAUUAGCGCCAGACGUUGGUGGUUGUUAUUGCUGUGCUGGCGUCUUCAUCGCUAUUGUUAUUGAUAUAUGCUUAUAUGGAAUACGUGGAACACACCAAAAGAUGAGUGAAAACAAGUCAUUAUUUUCGGUUUCAUAUCAUUGACUUGACAUGUGGGGACUGGGGACUAAUUCGUAUUAACUCGAACUCUACGAGAAUUUUGAGCAUAUAAAUUUGGAGGGGGCAUGCGUCCAGCUUCAUGUUAGUCCACUUAACAGUGACAACUUCUGUUUUUAAUGUCUCUUUCUUCAUGCUUUUUAUUGAAAAAUAAUUGCAUCAACAUUAGAGCUCGAGGUUCAUUUACCAUGUAGAAUUUUUUUUUUGUACCCGCAUCUUUUUGCAUAUAUAAUAGACUCGCCUCUAUCAUUUGACGGAGUGUGAGACUUAAUGAUUUUGGUCUCGUAAUUAAAUGGAGAAUGAAUCAAUGUAAUUGAAAGAAGCAUAUAACAAUAUUUGUUUUUCUGUGAAAUC